AUGAACCGGAGACUGAAUCUUGAUAUACCUCAGAACAAUACAUUUUUAUUACCACGAGAUGUAUUGGCUGCUGCGGAUCAUUUGAUCGGAAUUAAAUUUGGAAUGGGUACACUUGACGAUAUGAAUCACUUGAAAAAUAAACGGAUUCGUUCUAUAGCGGAUCUGUUACAGGAUCAAUUCGGACUGGCUCUUGUUCGUUUAGAAAAUGCGGUUCGAGGAACUAUAUGUGGAGCAAUUCGGCAUAAAUUGAUACCGACUCCUCAAAAUUUGGUAACUUCAACUUCAUUAACAACCACUUAUGAAUCGUUUUUUGGCCUACAUCCUUUAUCUCAAGUUUUGGAUCGAACUAAUCCAUUGACACAAAUCGUUCAUGGGCGAAAAUUGAGUUAUUUGGGUCCUGGAGGAUUGACGGGGCGAACUGCUAGUUUUCGGAUACGAGAUAUUCAUCCUAGCCACUAUGGACGUAUUUGUCCAAUUGACACGUCCGAAGGAAUCAAUGUUGGACUUAUUGGAUCCUUAGCCAUUCAUGUGAGGAUUGGCCAUUGGGGAUCUAUAGAGAGUCCAUUUUAUGAAAUAUCUGAAAGAUCAAAAGAGGCACAGAUAGUUUAUUUAUCACCAAAUAGAGAUGAAUAUUAUAUGGUAGCAGCGGGAAAUUCUUUGGCCUUGAAUCGGGGUAUUCAGGAAGAACAGGUUGUUCCAGCCCGAUACCGUCAAGAGUUCCUGACUAUUGCAUGGGAACAGAUUCAUCUUAGAAGUAUUUUUCCCUUCCAAUAUUUUUCUAUUGGAGCUUCCCUCAUUCCUUUUAUCGAGCAUAAUGAUGCGAAUCGGGCUUUAAUGAGUUCUAAUAUGCAGCGCCAAGCAGUUCCGCUUUCUCAGUCCGAGAGGUGCAUUGUUGGAACUGGACUGGAACGCCAAACGGCUCUGGAUUCGGGGGUUUCCGCUAUAGCCGAACACGAGGGAAAGAUCAUUUAUACUGACCCUCACAAGAUCAUUUUAUCAAGUAAUGGGGACACUACUAUAAGUAUAAGUAUUCCAUUAGUUAUCUAUCAACGUUCCAACAAAAAUACUUGUAUGCAUCAAAAACCUCAGGUUCCGCGGGGUAAAUGCAUUAAAAAAGGACAAAUUUUAGCGGACGGUGCGGCUACAGUUGGGGGGGAACUUGCUUUAGGAAAAAACGUAUUAGUAGCUUAUAUGCCAUGGGAGGGUUACAAUUCUGAAGACGCAGUACUAAUUAGCGAACGUCUGGUAUAUGAAGAUAUUUAUACUUCUUUUCACAUCCGGAAAUAUGAAAUUCAGACUCAUGUGACAAGCCAAGGACCUGAAAGAAUCACUAAGGAAAUACCACAUCUAGAGGCUCAUUUACUCCGCAAUUUAGACAGAAAUGGAGUUGUGAUGCUGGGAUCUUGGGUAGAAACAGGUGAUAUUUUAGUAGGUAAAUUAACACCUCAGACAGCAAACGAAUCGUCGUAUGCUCCAGAGGAUAGAUUAUUACGAGCCAUACUUGGAAUUCAGGUAUCCACUGCAAAAGAAACUUCUCUAAAACUACCUAUAGGCGGAAGAGGUCGCGUUAUUGAUGUGAGAUGGAUCCGGAAAAAGGGGGGUUCCUGUUAUAAUUCAGAAAUGAUUCGUGUAUAUAUUUCACAGAAACGUGAAAUCAAAGUAGGUGAUAAAGUAGCUGGAAGACAUGGGAAUAAGGGUAUCAUUUCAAAAAUUUUGCCUAGACAAGAUAUGCCCUAUUUGCAAGAUGGAACACCUGUUGAUAUGGUCUUCAACCCAUUAGGAGUACCAUCACGAAUGAAUGUGGGACAGAUAUUUGAAUGCUCGCUCGGGUUAGCGGGGGAUCUGCUAAAGAGACAUUAUAGAAUAGCACCUUUUGAUGAGAGAUAUGAGCAAGAGGCUUCGAGAAAACUAGUGUUUUCCGAAUUAUAUGAAGCCAGUAAGCAAACAAAAAAUCCAUGGGUAUUUGACACCGAAUAUCCGGGAAAAAGCAGAAUAUUUGAUGGAAGAACAGGAAAUCCUUUUGAACAACCUGUUCUAAUAGGAAAGUCCUAUAUUUUAAAAUUAAUUCAUCAAGUUGAUGAUAAAAUCCAUGGACGUUCUAGUGGACAUUACGCACUUGUUACACAACAACCCCUUAGAGGAAGGGCGAAGCAAGGGGGACAACGAGUAGGGGAAAUGGAAGUUUGGGCUCUAGAGGGAUUUGGUGUUGCUCAUAUUUUACAAGAGAUGCUUACUUAUAAAUCUGAUCAUAUUAGAGCUCGUCAAGAAGUACUUGGUGCUACGAUCAUUGGAGGAAGAGUAUCUAACCCAGAAGAUGCUCCAGAAUCUUUUCGAUUGCUCGUUCGAGAACUACGAUCUUUAGCUCUAGAACUGAAUCAUUUCCUUGUAUCUGAGAAGAACUUCCAGAUUAAUAGGAAGGAAGCUUGA